AUGACUGUCGAUUCUGUGCAGACUCUUCAGAAGGCGUAUGAACACGUCGACGAUAUCGAUCUUUUUCCUGGAAUCAUGAGUGAGACCCCCGUGAAAGGUUGACCAACACUCCUGCCUGGAAAUAAUCGACGCUUAUCCAAAACAGGUGCCCUCGUCGGGCCCACACUUUCGUGUAUCAUCGGCGAGCAAAUGCAGCGGCUGAAAAAGUGCGACCGCUUCUAUUACGAGACAUCCGAUAGGAUGAUCCGAUUUACUUCAGGUGCAAAAAAUUGCAACUUGAAACCAAGUGACUUUUAAGAUCAACUGGCCGAGAUCAGAAAGACAUCGAUGGCUCGGAUCAUUUGUGAUAAUAGUGCUUACGCGUCGCGUAUUCAAUCAAACGUUUUCCUUAUGCCCGACGAUCUAGUGUUGGUUUCAUCUUUUUUUUUUUCUACAGUAAUUUUAGUAACUCGCCAAUGAAAUGCUCCGAAAUUUCGGGAAUGGAUUUCACCAAAUGGGCCGAAAGAGGUAAAUAUAAUUAUGAGGAAUUCUAGUGUUGAUUCAGAUUAUUGCGUGGUCGACGGGCGCAUCGUGAGUAUGGGGAAAACCAGAAAUAUCACCCCUUGUGUUUCUUGCACUUGCACUUUGGAAGGAGUGGGUUAA